AUGGAUGCCAUCAACGCUGCCCCAGAUUAUAGCCCCACUCGCUCCACGAUCAAGAUCAAAACUGGAGUAUAUGACGAGAUACUGAGUAUCGGCAAAGAAAAGUGGAAUCUCACUUUUCUCGGUGAAGGAGUCAACAAAACCAUAAUCACCGGCAACCGAAGUAAUAUUGGAGAAUUUCGCACAUCCGAAAGUGCAACACUAGCAAUUGAAGGGGACAGAUUCUUGGUGCAAGACAUCACAUUCCAAAAUACCGCUGGGCCAGAAGUAAGGCAAGCUGUGGCAGUCCGAAGCAGUUCCGACUACUCUGUAUUGUACAGAUGUAGAAUCAUAGGGUUCCAAGACACUCUUUAUACACAACUCGGUAUUCAGUUCUUCAGAGAUUGCAAAAUCUAUGGUAUAGUAGAUUUUAUUUUUGGUCAUGCUAAAGUAGUUCUACAGAAUUGUUAUAUAUUUGGUAGACAACCACAAGAAGGUCAGCCCAUCACAAUAACUGCACAAAACCGAGACCCAAUAAACAUUAGUGCCAUAGUUAUUGACAACUGCAUUAUUACUGCAAGCACAGAACUUCGUAACUCAAAGUUCCCAGUAAAAGUGUAUCUAGGAAGACCAUGGUCAAAUUAUUCUAGUAUAGUCGUUAUGCAGAGUUUUCUAGAUACUUUCAUAGACCCAAAAGGUUGGUUGGAUUAG